GGAAUGAAAGAUUACAUAUAAUGAAAUUAGCACCGACGGAAAAAGCAUAGUAGUCAGCGCCCCUGUAAACAGCCAGAGAGACUCUCACUGUCAAACUAAACCAUUUCACAAAUUCAUCAAAAACCUUAGAAUCCAACAAUCUCAAAUUAGGGUUUCAGUUUCACCAUGGAAGAUUUCAGAUCCAAAUCGUACGGUGAUGGAAGGAUGCAAAUUGAACCCUACUCAGCGGCAGCAGCACCUUCAAACGGAGCUACAGCCAGUAAUGUUUACGGUAUGCAAGAUCUGCGUUGUUACAGUGCCUCUUAUGCUUCCUCUGUUCAUCCAGCACAAUCACAAACGGGUAACAACAACGAUGUUAAGUUCAAGAAAGGAAAAUCGACGAACGGUUCGGCUUCGAAGAGUUGGAGCUUCAGUGAUCCUGAGAUGCAGAGGAAAAAAAGAGUUGCUAGUUAUAAAGUUUAUUCGGUUGAAGGUAAACUCAAAGGUUCGAUUAGGAAGAGUUUUAAAUGGAUUAAAGAUAGGUGCAACAGAGUUGUUCAUGGUUGGUAGUGUAAAUUAUGAUGAUGCUUAAUUGAAUUUAAAAUUUGUGAAUUGGAAUUAAACCUAAUUUAGGUGAUGAGUUACUAUCUGAAUGGGAAUUUCAAUUAGGGUGUCUGGAAUUAUAUGCAUGAAUAAUUAUUUGUUUGCUUUGUUUUUUUAUUGGUAUGUGUUUAUGUUUAUUGCUGCAAUGUAAACUAGCUAGAAGUGUUUACUAUAAGGAUCAUUGAGUUGGAUUGUAAUAUGGAAGAGAAAUUGUGAUUCAUGUCUUCUUCAAUAUGUAGUUUGUUUUUGUAAAGAGUGUAUAAAGUAAUAAUCUUUGUUUGUUUUGUUAUGAAA